AUGCAAGUAGAUGAUCCCGAACAGGAUCAAGAUGACGUCCCAACUCUGUCUUGUAUACAAUCACCACACACAUCACAAAGUACUUGGCGAAGAGGAUCCCUGACAGGAGGAAUCCAUACCCGAAGCAGCACAACUCCCGUAACUCCUGUACAAAACCUACAGCAACUCUCCCUUGCUUCCGCAACAUCAACCAACUACCAAACCUCAACAUCUAGCAUUUAUUCAUUGGCAAAAGGGCAGUCUGUAUCUGUCGAACACUUGCCAUCGCAAAUGAUGAUGGGGAGUAGAAAGGAUCCUAUGCUUAUUGCGGGUUCUUUUGAUAGUGUGCUAGAGUCGGAACGGGUGUGGACUGUGAAUGAUAUUGGACGGCAUUGUAUAUCGGACUAUCAAGUACCAGUAGAAUACGCUCGAGCGAUAGAUCGUGCAACAACUGCAACAAUGGAAGCUGCAAAAGUCAUGACUGAGAAAUCCAAAGUAGCUGUCGAAAAGGCCAAAAUAAGUGCUGAAAAGACCAAAGUGUUUACACAGUCUGCGGCCAACAGGACCAAAGAAGCAGCCAGAUCAUUUGCGUCCAAACUGCAGAGUGGAGUAGAUGGCAUGUCUUCGUCUUCUUCCGAUAAUGAUCUACCAACUGGUAGGACGCUAGCAGAGAUAAGGAGUCGAGUAGCUACAGCAUCACCAACACGGAGUGUAGAGCGUCUAGCAUUGUCAGGAUCACAUUCAGAUAUAGCACCUGCAUUGGGUAUAAAACAGGUCAAACUAUCUGAUUUCGAAGAAUAUCUGAAAUCCCUAAGUCCUGUAUAUCCAACAUAUACCAAAAACAGACCGAAAGCUACCAAACCCGUAGCAGAUCAACCUCCAACCGUAAACCUGCUAGGACGACCUAAGGGACAAUAUAACAAGGAUAUUGAUCGUCUCAACGGCCAAAUAGAUGUAUUAGCGAGACUAGGUGUACCGGCAGCAGUAGAAGACCACAUGGUUCGUAACGGGAUACCAUUGCCAGAUGCAGAUAUCUCACCACCAUCAAAGGGAGAUCCAUUUGGAAUGUCUGAUCUAACAACAAUACCUGACGUGUUCACUUCUGAUACAUUUGAUUUACGCCAGCCAAACACAUUUGCACUAGUCUUGGGACACGCUGAUCCAACAUCCCAAUCUCCAGAUGCUCGAGCAUCGUCCCGUGAAUUGUCAACCCGAUUAACCAACCUCUUGACUAUCGUCGACGGAUUAUUCAUGCUGGAAUUAAACAAAGUCGUACCACAAAUGUCGGAUGCUGCUGAAUCUAUACGAGCACUUGUAACUGAGACGAAAGACUGUUUCACUAGUCUUGUGAAAGCCAAAGCAAGUUUGAAGAGAGCUAGGAUAAAAGGUGUUGAUUGUGCAAGAAAUAUAGUUAGAUUGGAACGAGCGCGUGGGAACGCGCUGGUUGCGUAUGGUGGUGUGCAAAGGUUGACUAUGCUUGAUGGGGUGUGGACGUCUAAUUCUGUGAGGGACGCUGUGAUGCCGCAUAUGCCUGCGCCCAAGAAGGCAGCAGUGCCUAAUGCUUCUAGUAAUAGUGGUGGUACCAAUAUGAUGAAUGCUAGUAGUAGUUUUGGUAGUAAUAGUAGUGUGUCGGCAGCAUCUAGUAAACCAGUAGCCAACAGCAGUAAUCCGAUACCACAACCGACAACAUCCGUAAAUCCUUCAAUACCGAUAUCCCAAUCAAUGCCUAAACAAAUACCAUUGCAACAACAGCAAAUAAAACAACCACAACAGCAAUCACAACAGCAAGCGCAACCAUCUAGAUCUCUUGAGCCAGGACGAAGUUUAUCAUCUUCUAAAGGAUUGUCCGGUAGUAAUAAUGCUGUGUCUAGCAAAGAAAAGGAGAUUCUACAGCGGCAGAAGGAGGUGGAUGACUAUCUAAAAUCUCUUGCAAACAAAUAG